ACACGAUACCACCAGGCACCCUUAAAGCUGCGUUAAUGAAUUUUUACAUCAAUGAAUUAUUGAAUAUGUAUUUAGGAACCUAUCUUUAGGAACAGAUUUGUAAAAAUAUUGGCUGAUAUAUGUAAAUGCAUCUGGGCAAGUACUUCAGAGUGGGGCAAGGUUGCAGCUUUUAGUUAACCCAGGAUACCUCCUGUUCUCAAUUACGUUUAGGGAAGCUUCCUAGGGGCUCAGUGUAUGGGAGGGCCAGUUUGUCAAGGCAAAGAUUACAAAACAAAAUAAAAAAGGCACAGGACCUAGCACAAUGGGGACUUGCUCUACGACUGAGAGGCCUAGGUGCUCUGAAGUUGAGGUGUGGUAAGCUGAAGCCCGAGGACAUGGUGUCGGAGCCUCCUGCCAUUGGGCCCUUCCUCUGUGUAGAUGGGCCACUCUAGGGAAUUUUACAAAAAACCCAUUGGGGCUGAGGCUGGUUCAUCUGAAAACCCCCUGGGGAGGCCAGACUGCGGCGUGUGCCGGGGUGCCAGGAAGGCGAGCGGGGCCGGAGCGCUUUGAGAUCUGCGGGCGGGCGGACAGCGGAGGGGCGCAGACGGGCCCCCGAGACCCUCCCUAGAGCCGGAGCGCGCGGCCUGGCGCGUGGGCUGGGUGCGACCCCGGCCUCGCGCUCAGGGGCGCGUGGGGGUUUCCCGCGAGCCGCCCCCGCUGGCCGGUGACUCAGCGCGCCGGGGGCGGUCAGACAAGGGCCGCGCCGGGCCCGGCGCAGGCAGAGUCCGUGCGGCGCUCGGCCGGGAAGCAGACGCGGCAGUUUCGCAGACGCAGGGAGACGCGCCGCGCCGGAGCAGCCCCUCGCCUGGAGCCCAUGGGACGCGGCCACUCGCCGCUCGUGACGGCGGCGCUGCUGCUGCUGCUGAGCCUGGGGCCGGCCGCCCUGACGCCCGCGCUGCCCGCGCGCUGCCCGCCCGGCAAGUUCCUCAGCUGCGCGGACUGUGGGACGAGCCCCGAGGCGGUUUGUCUCGCGUGCCCCAGGGGCACUUUCUCCGCCACGGCCAGUGCCCAGGAGACGUGCACCAGGUGCCGCAGGUGUGAAGGAAAAUUCAAAUAUAAAAGGGAGUGUUCUCCAACAAUGGAUGCAGAAUGUGCAUGUAAGGAUGGGCAUCGCUGUAUUGGAAACGACUGUUCUAAAUGUGUAGAAAACUGUGGAGUAGGUCAGGAACCUCUUGAAGAAGCUUGCCAGACUUGUCCCAGUGGGACAUUUAACAAUCAGACCAAUGGUCCCUGCAGACAAUGGACAAAAUGCCUUCCAGAUAAGGUCCUGGUGAAUGGGACUAAUAGGAGUGAUGUGGUUUGCGGACAAGCUUCAGAAACUAUGACUCCAUCCACCAUUUCCAUCGUAGUCUCUACCCAUGUACAAGGGAAGGAUCUUCAGGUGGUCACUGUCGGGAUCGCUGUUACUGUGGCCGUGGUGGUAUGCAUAAUGUUUCUGCUGCCUUUGUAUGUGUGCUUCAGCAUCUGCGACAAAAAGAAACUACCUGCUAUGUUCAAGAAAAUGAAUGUAACACCUGAGCAAUCGACUCAAGAGGAGGAUGCCUGCAGCUGCCGCUUUCCAGAGGAAGAACAAGGAGACUGUGAUGACUGUAGCAAAUCCAAACUAUUCAGGGAUUCCUUGGUGCAUUAGAAACUGGACUUUCUAAGGAAGCCAAUUGUGGUUUCCUUUGCUUUGAGAGCACAGGACAGGAGCCUGGUUACAUAAUUGGGGUGGGGGGGAGGAGUAGAUGCAGGUUAAGUGAAUUUUAAAACUUACGGACUGAACAAUGCAGUCAGUGGUGGAUGAAGCAGGUCUUUCUCAGUACAUCACUGUCCUACAGACAGAAGAGUUGGUCCUUUAUUUAAAAAACAAACAAAAAAACAAAAAACCUCUUUAAAAAUUAACCCUUGCCAACAUCUCAAAUUCUAACGAAACUCUCUGGGCAGCAUCUUUAAAAUGAAAGCCAACUUACUAACUUUUUUUCAUAUGGUGGGACUAAUAUUUCUAAUAUAUUAUGAUUUGCCCUAGAGACUAAAAAGCAUCAAUAAGACAGGAACCACAAGCCAGACUGGUCUUCUGUUACCUCUAGUAGGAGAUGCCUAUGCUAUAGCUUACUUUUUCAAGUUUGGGAGUGAGAAUAAUGUUCCUGAAGUUACAGACUAAACACUGACUACAGCUAGGUACAGUGCAGGCAGCUAGCAUACAAGCUUCCACCACCUUGCUCUUUUCAUGUCUGGAACUAUAGCCCCUCCUAAUUCAUGCUCAGCUAUCACACUAAUGGGUGUGGUAUAAAAUCCUAGACUGAUACUAUUUCAACUGCCAGAAUGAACUUCUAUAUCCUGCCCUACAGAAUGCUUUCCUAUUCCAGUUUAGGUAGAAGUUAAAAGGAAUAUGGUAACUCAGGGUUGUCAAAUGCCUCAGAACACCUUUUCCGUGCUUUCCAAUAGCUGUUACAUUGAUUGGCUUUGUAGUUGGAGUGGCAACACCAGGGCCACCCCAAGUACCGCCCCUGCAACUCCCAUUGGCCAAUGGGAGCUGCAGGGGCGGCACCUGCGGACGGGGCAGCAUGCAGAGCUGCCUGUCUGUGUAGAAGCUGGAGGGGGGACAUGCCACUGCUUCUGGAAGCU